UUUAUUUUAUUUAAAGAUAUUUUUGUGACAAACAUCUUUAAUACCUAAACAUGGCAAAGAAAGAUAAAAAGGGGAAAAAAGAAGAAGAACCACCAGAGCCAGAAAUACCAGAUGAGCAGCUCCUGGGAGCCACGGACCUGGAACCAGAACCUGAGGAGAUCCAAUGGACGGACACCUCAUACACCAGCGCCUCUUUCGAGUCCCUACCACCAGCACCCGUUGAGGAGGUCAAAAAGAAGCCUAAAAAGAAGAAGAAGGCGGUGGAAGAAGAGGAGGUAAAAGAGGAGGAGGUGGCUUUCCAAUGGUCAGAAGAGAGUCUUCCACAAGAGGAAGUUGAGGAAAAGAAAGUCGUGGAGGAACAGGAAGUAGAAACGAAGAAAAAGGGGAAGAAGGGGAAAAAGGACAAGAAACCCAAAGAAGAAAUACCGGAAUUUGAGAAGCCGAAAGAGUGGAAGAAAAUGAAUAAGAAAGAGAGGGAGCUAUGGCUCGUGAACAGGAUAGAGGAGUGGCGCGCGGAGAUGGAGGCGGAAAAGCAGCGCAUCCUGGCGGGUGCGAAAGAGAAGAGACUAACCCUGGCGAGGGAGAGGGCAGAACUCUUAGCCAAGGACAACGCGGAACAGGAGAUAAGGAGAGAUAUAUUGGCGAAGACAUGUAGUCUGUUUUCCAGAUUUGAAAAGGAGAAAAUGGAAUAUGUAAACAAUUUACAGCAAAUGGCGGAGUGGCAACAAUACCUCCGCUGCGACGGGCUGCCCGAUCCCCGCGUGCCCACCCAGAUGAACACAUACCUCCACGUCUGGCGAAACACAAACGCGUGUGACAUCGAUGAGCUGGACAGACGGUGUGUCCAGGCCUUACCGAUGAUGUUGAUGCUCGAGGAGAUGGUGGCAAAUCCGAAACGAUUCACGCCGCUGCAGCUGCAGAGCUACAAUGAAGUACGUCUGCAACUGCGUGAGCAGCUCUCCGAAACGAUCCAAUGCGCGUCCUACAUGACGCUGCGCAAUUUGGAAAAGAACCUUAAGUUUGAGUCGAUCCGACUGGCGACGUACAACAGAGAGUUUAAAGGGCUGAAGCUGAAUAUAUGGGUCGCUGUGCGCAUGCCGACGCGAAAGUUGAAGCCCGUGGAACCGGAACCUGAACCCGUGGAACUACAGUUCCCAGCGUUGAAUGUAGGUCUGAAACUGCCCAAAACCAUAGACGGGAGCUGCGUGUGCGUGCGUGCGGCCAAGACCGAGGUGGACUUGCUGAGCGAGUCCUCCAAGUCGUACGCUUUGGCCGCUGAAGUAGCCAACAGAUAUACAGACCUGUUCGUGUUCAUGGUGAAGGAGCACGUGGAGAUGGUGAAGGUCAAGGCAGAGCAGGAAGCCGUCAGAACAGCCUUCUACAAGGAGGUCAACGCCAAGAUCAGGGAACUGGAAGCCUUCCUGAAGGCCAACUUAUAUACGAAGAAUGAACAAGAAAAGGAAGAGCUUGACAAGUUAAAUAUGUCGGAGCCCCCGUUCAUGCAAGACCCCAGGACCCUGAUUGGAGAAAAUAACGAAGUGGCAUUUCAAAAGUACCUAAAGAAAUGUAAUACAAGAACGAGAACUGGAGAGAUUCAUCUCAGGAAAUACAGGAUAUGCGGAGGCACGCUUAACUUGGAUCUCUUGAUAGUGCCGCCUCAGCCCAAACGUCUCAGAAACAAUGUGCUUCUUUCUACAUUACAACUACCAAAACGCCUCCAAGCCAUGCCGUACCAAGUGCAGUUCAGGGCCCCAGGGCCCCCGCCGCCGGGGGUCACCCGGACCCCAGAGGAGAUCGAAGCGGAGAUGAAGAAAGUAGAAGCGGAGUAUGAGAAGUUGGCCCUUGUGUUCAUACAAUUGCCUCAGGAGAUCAUGUGGUCGGAGCCACCCGUCAUCUGCCAGUGGCAGGAGACCAGGAAACUAUGGACCACCAACUACAUCAACGAUUACAAGUUCAACGAGGACAAACUCACGGUUCAGUUCCGCACUGGAGUGUUAUGGCCCAUCGGUAUAGCUACGCUGCGGUACAGUAACAUGCCGUAUCAAGGAUGGGAUAUCAGACCAAAUCCGAACGGGAAUGGCGUUCAGUUGACCGUGACGGGCGCAUGCGUAACAGUCACGUGGAUUUGUAUCGGCAACUCGGUCAAACUGAAGUGGAUCGCUAAUGCAACCACUCGCGCGCUCAAGGAGCACUUCGGGAAGAAAUAUUCGGUCAAAGGGAUGGUCCAGUUGAUGCGUGCAGCAGCGUGCGAUUUCUUCCCCGACUUCGACGGGCACAACCAUCUGGAGGGCACGUGUCCGAAGGAGUGGGUCAUCGAGCGGCACACUUACCACGCGAUGGCCAUGCUGUCCAGGGCGUACAACUUUCAAUGGAGCAGAUGGAACGUUGGUGCUGGCAGUCGAAACAUAGUUAUGCAGAUCAGAGAGGCAGUGGACAAGAAACGGGAGGCCAAAUUCAACCUGCUGUACGCGAAUCCAAAACAGACGACCAUUUUGAAAUGCAACGAGCUAAGCACGGAGUUGACUGUGGAACCCAUGGUUGGACUAGGGUUCUACCCGGACCUGUUCACCCUGAACAUGUGGUACGGGUCGGUGGACGCGCGCCGCGCCACCUUCAACGUGAAGCUCGCCCUGGUCGAGACGGUCUUCGAGAUGCUGCAGGAACUCAAACUGUCCAGCUUCUCAUAAA